UACCCAAAAUGGGGAAGCAUCAAUGGGUUAUAUUUAUAGUCAUACUUUUGAACAUAGAUACCUACAUUGUGUCUCUUGCUUGUCCCACAUGUGAACCCCCCAUAUCAACACCACCGAUUGUCAAGCCACCACCAAAAUCAUCACCUCCUUAUGUUCCAAAACCACCAACCACCACUCCUACUACUCCAACCCCACCUAUUGUUAAACCACCUUAUGUUCCUAAACCUCCAUUUAUACAUCCACCAAUUGUCAAGCCACCAAUUGUACAUCCGCCCACCGUCAAACCACCCUAUGUACAUCCGCCGAUCGUCAAGCCACCUUAUGUCCCUAAACCACCUAUUAUACAUCCACCAAUCGUUAAACCGCCAAAACCACCAACCACCACCCCUAGUACUCCAACGCCACCAUCUGUUAAACCACCUUAUGCCCCUAAACCUCCAUUUAUACAUCCACCAAUCGUCAAGCCGCCAAUUGUUAAACCACCAGUCGUGCAUCCACCUAUCGUAAAACCACCCUAUGUACAUCCGCCGAUUGUCAAACCACCUUAUUUCCCCAAACCCCCAAUAAUACAUCCACCAAUCGUUAAGCCGCCAAUUGCUCCACCUUAUGUCCCUAAACCGCCUUUUGUACAUCCUCCAAUAGUUAAACCACCUUAUGUCCCUAAACCUCCUUUUAUACAUCCACCACUUGUCAAGCCGCCACCCUUUGUACAUCCACCAUUUUGGCCAAAACCACCUUCUAUGUUUCCACCAAUAGUAUUGCCACCAAUGUAUCCAUACUACAUAUCACCACCACCGCCUUCGCCACCACCAUCACCGGUCAUUAAACCACCAUCUCCUAAUUUACCAAUAGGGCAUCCACCAUCACCACCCUAUGUAAAACUGCCACCUCAUCCACCAACAGGGCAUCCUCCAUCAAAAGUAAAGCCACCACCAGUCAUAAAACCAUGUCCUCCUCCACCGCCUCCAGUUGAAAAGCCAUGCCCGCCACCUCCUUCACCACCUCUACCCUGCCCGCCACCACUUAUAUCAGAAGAACAAAAAUCAUAGAAUGAAAAUCUGUAAUCUUUAAUGAGAAAUAAAAUGGUUUACCUUCUUUUAUAUAUGCACACAUUUAAUUAAU